AUGGAGUAUAUAGGGAUAGAUAUAAGCUGUGCGUUGGGAUCUCUUCACGACGGAGAAUUUCCAGACAAGGCUUGCUUGCUUCCACUCAUAUCCAAGCUCCUCGGUUAUGCCAUCGUUGCUGCUUCUACCACCGUCAAGCUCCCUCAGAUAUUGAAAAUUUUGAAGAAUAGAAGUGUGAGAGGACUUAGUGUUACUGCCUUCGAGAUGGAAGUCAUCGGUUAUACAAUAACUCUGGCUUAUUGCCUUCACAAGGGUCUUGCCUUCUCUGCUUUUGGGGAAUAUGCGUUUCUUCUCAUUCAGGCAAUAAUCUUAGUAGCUAUAAUUUACUACUAUUCACAACCUCUGGGGACGGCAACAUGGAUCAGAGCAUUUUUGUAUUGUGCUAUAGCACCUACUGUUUUAGCUGGUCAGGUUGGUCCUGUUCUUUUUGAAGCUCUUUAUGCAUCCCAGCAUGCGAUUUUCCUUUUUGCCAGAAUUCCGCAGAUAUGGCAGAACUUCUCUAAUAAAAGCACUGGAGAGCUCAGCUUCUUAACAUGUUUCAUGAAUUUUUGUGGUUCUAUGGCGAGAUUCUUCACCAACAUCCAGGAAAAUGCCCCGACGAGUAUUAUAUUGGGCUCCAUCAUUGGCAUUGCGACAAAUGGUUCCAUCUUAAGUCAGAUAAUUCUGUAUCGAAAGCCAGAGGCUGGCAAGGAGAAGAAAGUGAAGUAAGAAGAUACCUGACCACCACCGCGACAUUGCUCCAACGCAGUGUUAUUUGUAGGUGCUGCAAGUGAGCCAGCCAAGUUUGGGAUUGUCAAUGCUUGAAAGAAAAUGAAGGUCAUCCAUCUAUUAUUUGGUCUUUCAUGCUUCGCUUAAUUCAAUUUUCAAUGGUGGUUGUUGCAAAGUGGCAAGCUCGCUGUAUUGAUUGAAUACAUGGAAGGAAAGCCAACAUUUUAUAAAUGUGAUAUCCACAAGAUGUGCUUUUAAAGUUAAAAAUAACAAUAGCUGCACGUUGAUUGUGUUCCUCACUUCAAUUUUUGUAUGAUUGUAUGUAUUAUUGUUUCCUUGGUUAUAUAUGUGUAACUUAAUUUCAUGCUCAAUAGCCCAAUAAAAUAU